AUGGCGGCUCUCAGUCCGAUUCAACCUCGGCCACCCAGGCCACGGCUGUUGCUACCAAGUCGUACACGCUGGACGAGCAACGGCCAGACAUACACGGCCACUGCGAAGGCUGCCGUUGUCGCUGGCGGCUCGGCCCCUGAACAGACGACUUGGGCUUACACUGCCAAGCCGUACACCUCUACUUGGACCAGCAAUGGACAGACAUUCACCGCCAUUGCCACUACGACGUUGGUGACCACGGCUACUAUUGGAACCGACUCAACUGCCACGACAUUGUCGAGCAGGGGCGCUGCUGCUGCGGCGACGGGUAGUUUCAAUAUUUGGCGUGCUGGUGCGCUGGUUGCAGGCGUUGCUGCGAUAAUUUGA